AUGAGCCAUGGUGCGAGAUUAUGUCGGUGUGUCAUGGUCGGUCAAACAUGCGAUGGCGACAUGGACGACGGCAAUUGGGCGACAACUGUUUACAAUAUCGGCGACCUGGCAACGUCUACCACUACGACAGAGGACCCGAGACAAUCUGCCAUUGGCGAUCCACUUUGCAAAGUAUGUAAUUACGGCCAGCGGUUCGAUUUGAUGAGGCAGGGCGACUUCGUUCUAAUCAGCAUUCCGCGUGGAGAGCCUUUCGAGAACGCGUUGCUUGUUGUAGAGGCUGUUGCGCGUUCAUUGGGUGGACGACGUGCCGACAUGUACUUCGUAAAGUUGAACAUCACAGGUGCUUGGGCGGACAAUGCUCAGGCUGGCGGCCUCAGCUUCAGCGCGAACAGUGCACCCGAGGAUAAGCCGAAGUGGGCGAAGUUCGGGCCGGUGGAGCUCAAAGUCGCCCACGGACGCACCGACAAAUGA